GUGUCAUCUCAGGCGUGCCCAGCUAGGCACAAGAGGCCCAAGUUUGCGUGCUGCAUGUGAAUCAUAACGUGGCAGACUUGUCCAGUCUGUGAGGGGGGAGGCUUCACCCACAACCUCUUCAUACCGUUAUUAUUAACAGAAGAGUCAGUUUGUGCAGAUGAUAUGUCCAGUGCAGAGGAGGAAGGAGAAAACUCCCAAGGAGGGAGGGAGCUCCUAGAGUCCAGCCCCACCUCUCCAGACACUGAAGGACUUAUUUCUCUAGACGACAUAGGAGCAAGAUUUCAGUUUUGUAUUGCUGCUGUAGAAGACCUAGAAAGGGAACGUGAUGAACUUAUAAGUGAACUGACCGUGCUGCGGGAGCCUUCUUUAGAGGCUGUACAGAGGGCACAUGAGGAAGUUGUGCAGGCCUUCGGACAACGUGCCAGAGUAGAGCUCGAGAGGGAUACGCUAAGGGAAGAAAUAAAGGGUGCACGCAGUAGGCUCUUCCGGGUGACUAAGGAAUGUGUGGCUUGCCAAUACCAACUUGAAAAUCGCAGACAAGAGCUAGCUCAGAGAAAAGCAGAAAGAGAAGAGCUAGAGAUUCGUGCAGCCCGCUUGACAGAGGAGCUUACCCAACUUCGAGAUACCUUUACUCAGGAGAGAGAGGGAGAAGAGCUGCGCCUUAGAGCUCCACGCAGUAGACGGAUCUCACAUGAACUUCAGGAGAGAAGGAGACUGUCUGCAGAUCUACAAAGUUUGACUGAGGAACAGCACAAUUCUCUACAAGAUGAAUAUGGACCUAAACUGCUACAACUGUUGGAGCGUGUUGAAAAGGAAGCACAGGCUGUCAGAGAUGCACAGGAUGAAUUGCUAAGACUAAGAGAACAAAUACGACCACUGCAAGGGGAAGCAUGCCAUCUGCAGGUGCAGAAAUACAACCUACAUGAACAAAUUCUUCUCAUGACAAAGAAGCGGGGAGAAGAAGUACUGCUCUAUAGGGAACAGCUGCAGAAUCUAGAAGACAGAAGGAGAGAGAUCAAAAUUUCAGUCCAGCUGCAAGAAUAUCAGAACAAAGAACUUGAAGAAUUGCGCAAAAAUCUUGCAAAGGAACUAGCAGUCUACAAGGGAUAUCUUGAAAUAUAUGGACAGAUUUCCAAAUCUGUGACAAAAAAGGAAUAA